AUGGGUGAGCAGGCCCACGUCCAAAUCCUCAACCCACCCAAACCCGAGUCCCAUUCGCAGGCCUCGAUCGAAACCUCCGAGGCACGACUCGACUGUCAUCCUCAAUCGGCGCCACCUUCCGAUGACGGCCAACAGCUUCCUCAUCCUGCAUCUGCCGUCCAUGUAACCGAGCCUUCCCAUGUUCCUCCUCCCGAAAUCACCCACAUUCUCCAGAAUCCUUCCAAAAUUCCUAUUCGACCUCAGAAAAUCCGCAAACUCUCGACAGCCACAGAAAAUCCCUCCACUCCCCGUGCUUCUGCCGAUGAUUCAUCUGCCUCGGCGUCGUCUUCCUUUUCCGUCUCCGCCUCCAAACACCGGCGGAGGAGCGCCUCCCAAUCUUCCAUGGCCGUGAUCCAAAUCAUGAAACCCCUGAUCGCCGAUGGGGAGAUCGAGUCGGCCAUCCGCCACCUCCGCGUGACAGAUCCCCACCUGGCCCCGCUCAUCGACACCCUCCGGCCACCGGAGUUCCCCGAGCGCUUCCUGCCAUUCCACGCCCUUGCCAAGAACAUCCUCUGCCAGCAGCUCGCGGCCAAGGCUGGCGAUACCAUCUACAUACGUUUCAUUGCCCUUUGUGGAGGUCAGGAUUCCAUCUGCCCCGACACCGUCCUCACCCUCUCCCCCCAGCAGCUGAAGCAAAACGGGGUCUCUGGCCGCAAGGCCAGCUACUUAUAUGACCUUGCGAAUAAAUACAAAUCUGGGAUUUUAUCAGAUGACAUGGUGGUAAAAAUGGACGACAAGUCCUUGUUCACAAUGCUGACAAUGGUGAAGGGAAUUGGUUCCUGGUCUGUCCACAGGUUCAUGAUUCUUUCUCUCCAGAGGCCGGAUGUCCUGCCAGUGAGUGACUUAGGGGUGAGAAAAGGGGUGCAGAUGUUGUAUGGCCUGGAUGAGCUGCCCAAGCCCUCACAGAUGGAGCAACUGUGUGAGAAGUGGAGGCCCUACAGGUCUGUAGGGGCAUGGUACAUGUGGCGGUUAAAGGAAGCAAAGGCAAUAGUACAGGAAGCUGGCUCGAGAGGCCUUCAGGGUGGUGUAGUGCAGCCAUUGCAGCAGAUAGAGCCUCACCAGGACAGUCAUCAACAUCAGCUGCAGUUUGUGGAGCAAGUUAAUGGCAUCAGCAACACGGGGUAG